AUAGAAUUUGUUUACCCAGUUCCACAAGAGCAUCUACUUUGCAACUUUUACUGUUAAAAAAAAAAAAGGAUUUGCAAUGAGUGCUCGAAGCUUGCGUCAGCGUCCACAACGUCCAAAAGAAUCCAUUGACGAUAAUAGUAGUACAGAAGCCGAGAAGACAAAGCGCAGAGGAAAGAAGAAAGGUUGCUAUUAUGGAAAAAGCAGUGCCUACGAUGAGUACGGAAACAUUAGGUCCAAUGGGUUGGACGUUUGCGAUUGCAUGAACGAAGAAUGUGAUGGAUGUUGGUACGAGUGCCGCAGUUGUGGCUCAACCAGAUGUGGUCCGCAAUGUCGCGUCAAUAGAAAGUUCUUUUAUGAAAACAUUGUGUAUGAUGGCAAAGACUUAACAAUAACCAACAAGUAUCUUCCUGGCAAAAUGUAAUUGUUCAAUUCAGUUUAAGCGCGUAUAACCAUAAGUCCUUUAUUUCUAAUAUAAUUUAAUUCAUACAUAAUUUGUAGUUUUAAUAAGAAAAUAUAUUGCUUAAGACUAUUGAUAGCCCACUAAUCGAACUGGUAACGAACUGCU